GUUGACUAUGUUUUCAAAAGAGCCCGUAUUGUGGGAGGAGUUAUCCAGAAUUUUCCAUUCACAAGACGUCAAUAAGACGCAUCCUGAAAAUAAAUUUCUUAAAGAUAAUUGGAAUUAUUAAGGAAUUUGUCAUCAAUCCUCAAAAAAGUCAGCUAUUCAAAAUAUUAAACAUUUGGUUUUUUCAUAUAAAAAAAAAAUAAGCUCAACAUAUUUCUGUUGGUGUACUAAAAAAAACUUAAUGGAAAGGAAUGUAAAAUUUCAUUGUAACUGGUGCAUAUAUAAUAUGAGUGAUCUAUUUCCUAGAUAAAUCUAACCAAGAUGCUAAAUAUAACUGAAAUCUAAAAAAAGUGGCAAAAGUCUUCAUGUAGAGCUUUACAGUAAAAUUAGCUUCUAACACUAUAUUUAAUGUUAAAAAGAAUUCUUCCAGAGACUUCAAGACUGUACAGAACACUAUGACAAAAAUGAGGAAAAAACUUGGUAGGAAAGGUAUCCAAGCAUCUGAACAUCUGUUUAUGAUCCUAUAAUCAUGAUAGACACGAAACCAUCUUAAGCUAUACGCAACUUUUUAGACAGCUUUAUUGCUAGCUCCUGUUAACAAAACUGUUGUUAUUGUGAGGUGACAGUCAAAUUAUUGGACGGAGAGCUCAGAACCAUACAACAUUUAUCAAACUGGUAUGAACAAAGAAAUGUUUGAUUCACUUCCUGUUAAUCACCAAAAAGAGCUCCUGUUAAAAUAUGCCAACCACCAAGAAGAUUUAAUCCAUAAAUGCAGAAUAUCUCUUCUUGUAUUAAAGCGGUUUAAAGGCGCAAUCAAGGAUCAGGGGGAAAAGCUUAUUUCAACUUUAAAAACUUUUGAAGACAAGGAGUAUGAUUCCCCUCUUAAUAUGUAUAGGAAGAUGAUUGUUUGUGAUAUCCUGCCUUUAGUCAUUAAGAGUCCUAACACACAAGUUCUGCAAAGUAAAUCAAUUAAACACCAGGUGGAUUGCUUUAUUGUAAGCGAAGAUCAAAUGAUAAGUUAUUUGAAUAUGACAAUGCAGUUUUUUGUUGCAUAUGCUAUCAAAAAAGCAUCUGUUCUACCUUGUGCCAAUGAUACUUCAUUUAAAGAUGAUUUUGAAUUAGAUGAAUCAAUAUCGAGUUGGAGCUUGUUGCAUGAGAACUUUGUAUGUUUUGCAACCAAACUUGGUUGGAGUAACGUUCUAAAGUUUAAAGACAAAAUUGAUCCUUCAAAAAAUAGACCUCUAAAGAGUCGAUGGAAAUCCUUGAGUAAAACCAGAGAUGCACGAAAUGCAUUAGGAUUGUUUUAUGCAGUCUUUCAGCUUCAUAUCUUUGCUAUGCUUGAAUAUUGUUCUAUUAUACUCAAAUGUAAUCAAAAAGCUUCAAGUCCAAGUUCUGUUGAAACUCAGUGUAUUUUGGUUGAUAAUGUUGGAUACUUGACUUCUAAAGAAGCCACAGAAAAAACUGGUGUUAGAACACCUAAGAAAAAGAAAAAGUCAGAUGAUACAAAUUCUUAUUCUGAUUAUUAUUCUUCAAGUGAAGAUGUUCCUAUUAUUAUUCAUCCAGACUUGAUGGGUCAUGUAAAUGAAAAUAUUGGAGAAUACUUACAAGUUGCUAUAGAUACACAAAAUUUUCUUAAGAUAGUAUUCAAAACAGAGUAUGAACAAAUUUUUCAAGAUUGGAAAAUGAAUAAUUGGAAAUGGACAGAUAGUUUUGAGAUUGAUGCACUGCUAUUUCAAGGAAAACAUGCAAUGGUUAUCAAUGCAUUAAAAAAUAAGGUUUCUAUGAAACAUUUACUUCAGCUUUCAUCUGCUCUUUUUUCAUCAGGGUAUCACAAGAUGGCAUGUGAAACAGUGCUUCAUGCUGUUAAUCAAUUGCAUGUUUCAGCAUUUGAAGAUGCGCACAUAGAUGAUAAAAUGCACCAAAAUCUAGAAGGGAGAAGUUUGUUGCUGCUUUCUAGUAGUCCAAAUGAUGUUCUUAUAUAUGCUGUUCAAAUUAUAUCAGCAUCGCUUAAGGCUCUUUUAAAUGUUGAUGAUGAACAUCAAGAUUACAUAAUUGGACACUUGAUUGUUCUUUCCCAGUUGAUGUGGCCAGUGAAUGAAGAUAUAUUUUUGCAUCUGCUUAAACUUGUGCAAGUAAAAGAAAAUGGUUUUAAAUACCCGUUGUUUUUUAGCUACAUCACACAAAUUGACAUUCUUGAAGAAUUUGCGUAUCUUUAUUCAUCAGAGACUGUUACUUUAGAGUUGUCUUCUUCAGAAGAAACUACGAAACACACUAUUACUCGUGGUGUGAACAAGGAAGCCCAAAACGAUUUCAAAGCUUCAGUUAUGCGUCAAGUUGCUAAGAGUAACGAACCGAUAAAGAAUCUAAUUUUCCAGUUUUUACGUAACGAAAAAGAAGCGAUUUUAGGCGUGAUGUUAUGAGUUUUAAUCAUUUUUUCUUCUGAGCAUUCAAAACUUGAAAGUGGUUCAAAUUUAUUUAUAAGUGCUUAAAGAAAAUUUGUUUAAAUUCGAUCAA